AAACAUCUCUCAGAGAUGUGUAAACACAGAUUGGUCAAAGGCACUUUGUGACCUGUACUAGGCACUUUCAGUAAUUAUUUUCCAAGUGAAGGCUUGGAUUGUGCCAUAGCCCAUGAACAGACUCAUCUACACCUGUGUGCUGUAUUGCUUUGCCCUGGGGGAUACUCAGUCAUCCACAGGGAGUGGAUGCCAGCGUGGUGAUGGCUCCUCUGCUCUGCCUGGAGAAGUGUGCAUCUCCAGCCGCUGGUGUGGAGACAGCGGUGAUGGCAAACAAGGUUCCUCCUGGAACAACUGUGAUUUUGAAACCAAUCUAUGCAAAUUUCUUCCUGAAUUCAAUUUACAGCCUGGCUGGAUAAGAAGAAAUGGCCAAUCUGGCAUGGGACCACCAUACUCUGACCACAAUGGGAAUGAGAGAGCUUAUUUCCUCUCAUUGUCUUCUGAAAUGCAAUCCACUUCUGCAGCUUUAAGGACAAACGUUUUCCUUCCAACUGAUGAAGAACACCUUUGCCAGGUUAGAUUUCAUUAUUGGGUCAGUCAAAUGAGUGGAACACUUAUGGUGGGGCUUCAAAAGCACUCUGAAGAUACUGUUACAAACAUUUGGCAAGUUUCAGGAGAACCACGAAAUCAGUGGAACGUAAAUACCAUUACAAUCAAUAGCACCGAAAAGUAUGAGGUUAUCUUUUCGGGGAUGGUGGAGACCCAGAGACAAGGUGACAGUGUUGCCAUUGAUGACAUUACCUUUAGUGAAGGAUGUUCUAUAGCAUGUGCACCACAAAUUUCCACUUUUGAGCUUGGCAUAUGUGAGUGGCACUCAGAGCAGCCAGCUGAGCCUGCUCAGUGGGCACGGCUGCAAGAACACAAGAUUGCCUCCUGCUCCUUCCUGAAGGAUUCGAGUAACAAUACUGAAGGCCAUUUCAAGUGGUUAGAAACUAAUUACAAUGCAUUAUACGAAAGGGCCCACCUAAACAGCUCCAUGUGCCAUUGUUCCAGCAAGAAUUGCCAUUUUCAGUUUCAAUACUCCAUGGCAGACAACAGUGAUCUCAAAGCAGUACUGCUUGUGAAUCAGGAGGAGCAUGUCUUGUGGGAAGCCAGCAUCUUGACUAAGAAGGAGUGGGUCAAAGUGAAUAUACAGCUACCAAUAGGGCUAAAAAAUAUAAAGCUUGUGUUUAAAGGAACACUCCAGGGCAGGGCAGGUUUCAUCUGCCUGAAUAGCAUCCAGCUCUUGGACGCUGCACCAUCAGAGCUGCCAGGUUUCUGCUCCCUGGAAGAACCCGCCUGCAGGGAUGGGCAGCCCGUGGUGCCUGGAUCAGCCUGUGGCUCUCACCUGGAUUGCCCUGAUGGCAGCGAUGAGGACCCAGCCACCUGCUCUAAUUACACCUUAUGUGAUUUUGAGACUGACCUCUGUGGAUGGAAGCCACUGAGCCAAGGUGAUGCUGACUGGAGCAUAAUGAAAGAACAGACUCCCCUUGACAGAGAACUCCCUGGCAGAGGUCAUGCAAAUAAUAUGGGCCAUGGAGCAUUCAUUUACUUCAGUGGAUCACAUCAGAGGAGCACAAAGAUGGCCAUGUCUCACCUGGGAAGCCCUUUCCUUGUCAAGCUUGCCCCUGGGCUCUCCUGCUGCCAGGUAAGAUUUUGGUACCGGUUAUCUCAGGAUUCCCAGCUUUCUGUCUUUAAGAGGACUGCAUUAAAUGGAACCUUGGAAAAAUUACGUGACAUUUCAAGAUUGGCUGAGAUGAAUUGGACAAAAGUGACUAUACCUGUAGAAAGUGUGGCUGAGGAAUUACCUUUUCAGAUUAUCUUGCGAGGUACUAUUCUAACAGCAAAUGCUACUGUUGCUAUUGAUGAUAUCAGUAUAACAGAAGAAUGUAUAGUUAUGAAUAGAUCACUUCCAGGAGUCAGCCAGGAAAGUAAAGGGGAAACAGAAUCUGAAGAUGCUAAUACUUCAUCUUUUUACUGUCCAGAGGGACUUUUCUCGUGUGGGGAUGGGCAAUGUAUUUCACCUGACAAAUUUUGUGAUUUUAAGGCUGACUGCCCAAGUAACCAUGAUGAAACCAAAUGCCCUGCUGUGUGUGACUUUGAAAGGGAGAACUGUGGCUGGGUUGAAACUAUAAAUGCAGAUGAAUUUGACUGGGUAAGAAGUUCCAGCAAUGCUCUUCCACCUGCAUUUCAAAAGCAAGCUCCUCCACGGGAUCACACCUAUAACAAAUCUGAAGGUCAUUUUAUGUUCAUUCUGAAGACUAGCAACAGCAUUUCACAAGUAGCUCGGCUGCAAAGCCCAAAGUUCAGGCAAUCGGGAUCAAAUUGCACCCUGUCCUUUUGGUACUACAAUUAUGGAGAGUCAGUUGGGGCAGCAGAGCUGCAAUUGCUUGUGGAAGGGCUGAAGUGGCCUACUGUGCUUUGGAGGACGUAUUACAGCGAGGGAAACCAGUGGCUGAAGGCAGUCAUUCAGCUUGGACGCCUCCCAUACCGUUUCCAGUUUUCACUUGAGAAAAUCAGCCUGGGUUUUUAUGAGGGUGUCUCAGCAAUUGAUGAUAUCACAUUUGAAAACUGUGCUCUUCCACCUCCAGCAUUAAGUUGUGAAGGUCCAAAUCGCUUCUGGUGCAGGGACACCAAAGCAUGCAUUGACAGUUUAUUGGUCUGUGAUCUUGUGGAUGACUGUGGGGAUGGAUCAGAUGAAGACAGCUGUGACCCUGACCUGCAGUGUAACUUUGAAAAUGGGCUGUGCAAUUGGGAGCAGGAUGUAGAGGAUGACUUUGACUGGGUCAGAAUACGGGGUCCAACCCCCACGGUUAAUACAGGCCCAUUAAAGGACCACACCACAGGCACGGCCAGGGGACACUACCUUUACCUGGAAUCCUCUGAGCCACGCCAAUUCCUGGAUAAAGCAGUUUUGCUUAGUCCUCUCUUCAACCCUGCUGGCAAUGGAAGCUGUGUUUUCCGCUUUCAUUAUCAUAUGUUUGGAAAAGAAGUUUAUACGCUGUCAGUCUUCCAAAGAACUGUGAGCAAUGCUAAGGGAUGGCUGCUGUGGUACAAGUUUGGAAAUCAAGGAAACAGAUGGAUCAGACAGACACUCUUCAUCAGGAGUUCUAAGCCAUUUCAGAUUUUGGUGAAAGGUACCGUAGGAGAUGGUUUCACUGGAGACAUUGGACUGGAUGAUGUGUCUUUUCAGGGCUGUACUCUUUACAAUGGAAACUUGCCCACUGUUUCUACAACUACUUCAGGAACUUCAGUUCCUGCCACGCUCCCCAUGAACAACUGCACAGAGAAGGAGUUUGUCUGUCGAGCCUCUGGCCACUGCAUCCCGAUGAUCCAGAAGUGUGAUUUUAGACCUGACUGCUCUGAUAAGUCUGAUGAAUCAGCUUGUGUUAUGGAAGUCUGUGACUUUGAAGAUAAAGACCUGUGUGGAUGGCAUCAACCAGCCUUGGAACAGAUGGCAGAAAAUGAUUCCAUACUCACCACAAAAAAAUUCAAGUGGCAACUUGGAAGAGGAGCAAAUCUCUAUCCUGAGCAAGAAGAACACUGCCCAUUAACUGAUCAUACUACGUGCACUGAAGAAGGCUGGUAUCUCUUUGCAGACAGCUCAAAUGGAGAAUUUGGUAACACAGCUGACAUUGCUACCCCAGUCAUCUCCCUUACAGGGCCCAGAUGCAAAAUCGUUUUCUGGAACCACAUGAAUGGUUCAACAAUAGGUUCUCUGGAGGUACUCUAUAAAAGCAGUAACAAGACUUCUACACUGUGGACUCAAAGUGGCAGCCAAGGUCCCCAGUGGAACAGAGCAGAAGUGUUCUUAGGAAUUCGUUCAAAUUUUCAGGUUAUUUUCAGGGCAAAACGUGGUGUCAGUUACAUGGGAGACGUGGCAGUGGAUGAUAUUACCUUUGAAGAUUGUUCCCCUCUGCUUAUCUCAGACAAACCUUGCACAUCAGAGGAAUUCAUGUGUGCCAACAAGUACUGCAUCCCAAAGAAUAAUCUCUGUGAUUUUGUAAAUGACUGUGAAGAUAAUUCAGAUGAAAGCCCUAGUAUUUGCAGUACAUCUAUUGGGCAUUGCAAUUUUGAGUUUGACCUUUGUGGAUGGAAGCAAGAUGAAAACGAUGAUUUUGACUGGCACCUCAGAACUAGCAGUACUGCAAAACUGGGCACUGGACCAGCUACUGAUCAUACACUGCAAGAGCCAUCUGGUCAUUAUAUUUUUAUAAAGAGUUCAUUUUUUCAGCAACCAGGACAGAAAGCUAGGAUUUCUAGUCCUGUCUUAAGCAGAAAGAAUAAAAACUGCAAGAUAAUUUUCUAUUAUCAUAUGUUUGGAGCUCACAUUGGAUCCUUGAUUAUCUACCAGAGAACUACAUUGAAAAAUGAAAAAAUUCUCUUUAAUCUUACUGGAAACCAGGGAAAUUUCUGGCAGCGCAAGGCAUUGACCCUGUCUGGAGAUGGCGAUGAAGAUUUUCAAGUUGUCUUUGAAGGGAUGGCUGGAGAAGGUACCAAAGAUGGCAUAGCACUUGAUGACCUCACAUUUUCCAGGGAGUGCUUACCAUCCCAGGAAUUUUUACCAGCAGAACCCACAAAGCUACCUCCAACAGGCUCCUGCUCACAUGGCCAUAGGCAGUGCCAGAAUGGCAAGUGUUACAGACCAGAACAAAGCUGUGAUUUUGAAGACAACUGUGGGGAUAAUACAGACGAGAGUGAAUGCGGAACUUCCUGCACCUUUGAGAAUGGCAGAUGUGGCUGGCAAAACUCCCUGGCUGACAAUUUUAACUGGGUGCUAGGGGUCAGCUCGCCUCAAAGUCUAAGACCUCCCAGGGACCACACGCUUGGAAAUAGAACUGGACAUUUCCUGUAUCUUGAGACCAUUGCAAUAAGCCUAAUAAAUGAAAAAGCCCAUGUGAAGAGUUCCAUAUGGAAAGAAUCAAGUGGGACUUGUGUGAUGAGCUUCUGGUACUUCAAGUCAUCAAAAGCCAUGGGACAUAUUCAGGUUCUGAUUAAGACUGAUGAUGGGAUUAUGAAAAUAUGGAGUGAAUCAGGAACUCAUGGUGACAAGUGGAAUGAAGUCAAGUUACACUUGGGGAAGCUGAGGAAUUUUGAAAUUAUCUUUGAAGGCAUUCGUACCAGAGACCUGAGAGGAGGAGCAGCAAUAGAUGACAUAGAGUUCCACAACUGCACCACCAUUGGAGAGAAUCCCAGGGAAUGCCCUGCCCUCACUGAUUUUGUGUGUGGGAAUAAGAAUUGCAUUGAGUCUCGGUUCAUCUGUGACUAUAAACCAGACUGUGAAGACCUAUCAGAUGAAGCUGACUGCAGUUACUACACAAGUAUUCCUGGAAGCUGUAACUUUGAAACACAAGAUCAAGAGUGGACAACUGUAUGUGGAUUAAUGCAAGACACAACUGAUGAUUUUGACUGGAAUAUUAGCAACGGUGCUGUCACAGGGCAAACAGAUCCUCAUACUGACCACACACCAGGUAAAGGACAGAGUUUUUUGUAUGUCAACUCAUCCUCCCAGAAGGAAGGAAACAGAGCAAGGAUAACCACCACCAAAUUCUUCCCAGCUAGUACUGGAGUCUGCAGAGUUCGCUUCUGGUUCUGGAUGUUUGCUUCUAGACAAACAGGAAUCUUAAAGGUAUACACAGUUGAAGAACAUGGAAUGGAUAUCCUUAUGUGGUCUUCUAGCAGAAAUGAAGAAAACAAAUGGAUGUAUGGAAGUGCAGUUCUCUCCAGUAACAGCCGUUUCAGAGUUGCCUUUGAAGCUGAAGUGGGGUUGAGCCAACCCACAGAAUUUGCUCUUGAUGAUAUUUCUUUCACCCCAGAAUGCAUUGAUGGAGGACCAGUGGAUCCAGCGUGCCAUGAUGAUGAGUUCACGUGCGCGUACGUGCGCCAGUGCCUGUCCAUCUCCGCACGCUGCGACGGGGAUGAAGAUUGCUUGGAUGGCAGUGAUGAGAUGAACUGUCCCGUGGAGGUGCCUGCCACCCCAUCUCCAGGCUCCUGCAAGGACACAGAGUUCCUGUGUCCCUCGCAGGGCUGUAUCCUGUCCCUCCUGCGGUGCGAUGGUGUUCCUGACUGCCGCCUCCGUGAGGAUGAAGUCGGCUGCCCCAUUAAGGAUUGCUCCAAUGGUUCAUUGUUGUGUGCUUCAACUAAUCAAUGCAUACCACUCUCCCAGCGUUGUGAUGGAAUUGCAGACUGCAUUGAUUCCAGCCUUGAUGAGUCCGGCUGUUCAGCUUGUCCUGAAGAAUACUGCAAAAAUGGAGGAAAAUGCAUCAUCAAAGAUGACAUUCCAUUAUGCCAAUGUGGAAAAGGAUGGAAAGGAAACCGUUGCCACAUAAGUGCUAAGCCUCUUCAGCCUCCAACUUCAAAUUUCCAACAAAAUGAUAUUUGGAUUGGAUUGGGUAUCGGUUUCUUACUGAUUAAAAUUACAGCCGCUGCCUUGUAUUUUCUUUUGAAGAAGAAAGUGCCAGAAGUGAAAGUGCAGGAAACUGCUAUUUCUUCAUUUGCCAAUCCAUUGUACAAAGACCUCAGUUCAUCUGGGAAAGAAAAGUCUCCUGGGUAUGCCACCUCAUCUGCUGUUCAAAUCAGUGUUUCUCCAUGGCAUGAGUAUCCAUUUAAUGAAAAUGUGAAUGCUACUUCUUUUCUGAAUCCUCUCUACGGUGUAGCAGCAGAAGACAUGGAGAAAUUAUGUAGCUCCUUGAAAACAUAAACACAAAGCAGGAUCAAUAGUGAUUGUAACUCUUUGCCUAAAGAUUUGUUAUAAAAUCUGGAAGUGUGUCAUGAUGAUGUAGUAUUUGCAAUAUGAAUUAGUAACUCAUCACAGAAUAACUCUUACUAAAACAAUAGAAAGUAAAUUUAUAUUAAAAAUGGAAUCCGUACAUAAGUAAACCAUAAUUAUAUCUAGUCUUCUGUCAUUCCUGUGGGUGCAGAAAAAGAUUGAUAAUUAUAACUGUGAAUUCGUUUUACAUUUGUAGAUUUCAAAUUCCAGUAUGUUAAUAAAAUAUUUAAUCAAAUCCAGAUCCUUUAGGUUUGGGAAUCAUAAUUUGAUGUCCAUUAUUUGAGAAAUGAUGACUUAAAUAUUUCUGUAAUUUUGCAUUGGAAAGGGGUUUUAACUGACUCUUUUAGUGUUCCAAGAUGCAGAAGCAAAAGAAAAUCUUUAUAAAAUUAGAAACAUAUCGAACUAAAUCAAGAGUGAUCAUGAAUCAUGGAUUUGAAUAUCAGCUCAGCAUGUGAUUCAGCUAUGUGACACACCAGUAUAUACACUUAUUUUUUAAAGAUAUUUUUAUCAUUAACCUUGAUAGUUAUAUCUGACCAAACUUCCCUCUAGUCAGCUCUGCAAUUCUGUAGUUCUGACCACAGUGCUCCUGAUAAAUUUAGCUUAGUGGAUGACAGAGGGUGGAAACUGGCAUGUUCAGGAAACCAUAUUUCUGCUGAAUAGGUUUGCCUCCCACGCAGCUGAAACUUAUGUCAGCCCAUGCUUUCAUGAGAAAGAUAUCGGGGAGAAAUUUUGGAGUGCCUUGUGAUUUUUAUUGUCAUCCUCUGUGGUACCAGGCAUAGCUUGUAAUAGUGUUUACACUUUAAAUAACCUGACAAAAUGUCAUCUUCCAUAAUACCCACUUGCAUUACAUGAUCGUCAUUUUUAGCUUGAAGGCUUAAUUGUUCCUGCUGUGCUUGUUUUUUCCCUUACUGUAUUUCUACAGCCUGCUUAAUUUUAAACCCAUUGGCAAGUCUUAAAGUUACUAAACUCCUACAAAUUUCAUGAAAACAGGCGUCUGCACUGUAGAUGGUAUCUCUGUUAAUACCUUUUUAUUAAGGGAAAGCAGAAUUGCUUGACAUUUAUUAGACUUUUGAGGCUCCAGACAGAAAAGCAUACUGAUGCUUGCCUUCAUUCCAUCAUGCACAGAUCUUCUUGGUUUGGGUUUGGUGUUUUGUUUUUCUUUCACUUUUUAUUUGUAGAAUAAACAUAACCUAUAUCUUUCUAUAUAUCUCUAUAUAUUUCUAUAUGUCUAUAUAUCUUUCUAUAUAUUUAUACAUCAUUCUACCUGGGACCACGGAACUAUUUUUUUACUUCGAUUUCUUUCUUUUUCUGACUGGCAUGUUGUAACAAGGUGUGAUGUUUGCCCAUCAUUCUCCCCAUACCUUUCCUGCAAUAUGCUCCUAAGAGCCUCUCUGCUGCAUUCCCACACACACCUGCCUUAAUGCCAUCGAGCUGAAAGUUACCAAAUGCUAUUCAUUAAGGUUUUAAAUAAGGAAAUGUGAUCACACGUGCUGUUUUCUUUCUGAAACAAGAUUAGUAUUACUGAAACACAGAAUUUUCUUAUUAUACUUGUAUCUGUUAGGUUGAGACACAGAGUACAUUUCAUUCAGGAAAGUGCCAAGUGCCUCCGGCUCCUGGACUCCAAUAUUUUGAUAAAUCUGCGUGAGAUUAUUGAUCUCCACUUUAUAAACAGACAUUGAACAUCACGGUCAAGCCCAUGUACUCAAAUUCUCAUUUAUUCUGCAAUAGACUAGCACUACUAGCAGAAUUUCAUUAAACACAAAAAUCACUUAAACAUUGUUUAUGCCAUCGUUCUUAAAUCUCCAUUUACUGUGUCAUGCAAUGUGUAUCUGUAAAAAAUUACAUUAAUGAAAAGAAUAAAAUUACAAUGGUAGAAUUUUAUCACAUUCUCCCUUAUGAAACAACAUAUAUUUAUUUUAUUAAUUAUGGCAUUAAUAUUUUAAUGUCCCAAAUAAAAUCAGAUUACUAUAAAGAAUUAUUGUAAAAUAAUAUUGUAAAAUAAUAUUGUAAUAUUACUCAUCAGUAAUUAUCUCCUGAGAGAACUGUGACUCUUCUGGAUAAUCUCUGAAACAAGGUAAACCUUUCACCAAAAUAAUUUUCAAUUUUUAUAAUUGAAAGAAUGUUUACAAACAAAGUGCUAAAAUUCAGUCUUUUAAUCUUUCUGAACUUCAAUAUUUUUUCUUCUUAUUUCAUGAAGA